CGGAGCAAGACUCGCAGAUUCUGUCGUCCGUGGUUUGUCCAUCAAAAUAAACCGACGUGUCUUCUGGUCAGACUCACGAAACGUGUUAUCCUGGCUUCGCUCUGAACACCGUAGGUACAGCCCGUUCGUGGGAGCACGAGCCAGUGAGAUACUAGAGUUGACAGACGCUUCCGAGUGGAGAUGGGUUCCAACGAAGUGGAACAUCGCCGACGAAGGCACUAAAUGGCAACACCAGCCCACCUUAACUAACGACAGCAGGUGGUACAAGGGACUCGGGUUCUUAUGGACAUCUGAAACUGAUUGGCCAGAAAUGCCUUUCCAAUUGGAGAGUACAACUGAAGAGCUCCGUGCCACUGUCCAUGUACACUUUGAAAGUUCCAACGCAGUACUACCAGCGAACAACUACUCAAAUUGGAGACAUUUGGUUCGCGUCACCGCGUAUGUUCUUCGUUUUGCUGACAUACGCGGCACGCGAACGGUCGGAGUUCUCACUAGCAAAGAACUUCGCCGAGCUGAACAAUUUCACUAUCGCACAGCACAGCACGACAGCUACCGUGAUGAUCUUGCGAUCCUGACAGCUAAAGACCAAAAAAACACUAUUUCGAAACGAAGCCCACUCUAUAAGUUGAAUCCUUUCGUCGAUGCGGAUGGAAUCCUGAGAAUGCGCGGUAGAACAAUAAAUUGCGAGUAUGUACCAAUGGAAGUGAAAUGUCCCAUAAUUCUUCCACGAGAUCAUGCGGUCACCAAGCUGGUCGUCGAGAGUUACCACCAGAAGUUUCACCAUCGAAACAACGAGACUGUCAUUAACGAGAUAAGACAAAGGUUCAGUAUUUAUCACUUGCGCAGAGUAUAUUCUAAGGUCAGAACUGACUGCCAACGGUGCAAAAUACGGACGGCUUUACCACGUCCACCAGCUAUGGCGGACCUUCCCAGAUGCAGGCUAGCCGCAUUCACUCGCCCGUUCACCCACACUGGUGUGGACUAUUUCGGACCAAUGGAAGUGGCUGUGAGACGACGGCUAGAGAAGAGAUGGGGAGUUCUCUUGACAUGCCUUACUGUACGCGCCAUUCACAUAGAAGUAGCAAGCUCUUUGAAUACCGCCUCGUGUAUAAUGGCUUUACGCAACUUUAUGUCACGUCGUGGUACUCCAGCUGUCUUCUACAGUGACAGAGGAACCAAUUUUAUCGGCGCGGAACGUGAGUUAAAGGUAGCUCUCCGGGAGGUUGAUCAAGAUGCGAUGAUGCAGGAGAUGGUAUCCUCAAGUACAUCCUGGUGCUUCAACUCCCCCGCUUCUCCUCAUAUGGGGGGAAGCUGGGAACGAUUGAUUCAAACCGUCAAACGGACCCUGUCGGAAUUUAAUUUGUCUCGACGACCGACAGACGAGGAGUUGAGGAACGCGCUAAUUGAGGUCGAGGGCAUCAUCAAUACACGGCCCCUAACCCACGUGCCGAUAGAAGAUGAAGCAGCCCCCGCGCUGACCCCUAAUCACUGGCUGUUAGGUACUUCCAAUGGUUCCAAGCCGCUAACAUUGUUAAACGAUAAUUCGGUAGCAUUGAGGCGCGGUUGGCACGUGUCGCAGAUGUUGGCCAACAGAUUCUGGCGUAGAUGGCUUCAGGACUACCUUCCAGAAAUCACUGGCCGUUCCAAAUGGCAUCAAAGAGUCAAACCGAUAAGGGAAGGCGACAUCGUGUUGAUUGCAGAUCCAGAUCUUCCGAGGAACUGCUGGCCAAAGGGGCGCGUGAUUGGAACCGUCAACCGGGACGGUCAGGUACGCAGAGUGACGAUCCAGACGAAUAGAGGUGUCUACGAGAGACCGGCAGUGAAAGUAGCGGUGCUCGAUGUAAAGUCCAAGGAAGAGUUAGCCAACCUAAAGACGGAGUUGCCGAACUGGGGGGGAGUGUCAUCGAGCCCCUCGUCACUGAUAAGUGAUAACGCUGCCAGCUCAGCCGGAAAGUCUACCCGUUAGGUCAAUAACGACGAUAAACGGACAUACACAGCGAAGACAAGUAAAAUCAGAACAAUAGAGUAGUGAGAUAAACCCUUUAGUUUUGGAAGCACGCUUUUCUGCUCCAUGAAGAUCAUUAAAAUUUAUAUUGGAUUUAUUAACUAAAUUAAUAUUAUUAUUGUGCUUAAAUCUAAGGUUUGUAAUUAUUACAUGCAAUUUAUACUUAAUAUUAACUAAAAUUAACUUAAAGAUAAACUUACAACUAUUGUUAACCUAAAAGUACGAGGAGAGAGUGAACUAUUGCUACCUUAAAAAGACCGAAAGUGGUUAGAUCUACGCUAUAGUGGUCAAAAUCUUGCCUGUACACGUAACGACAAAGGGCACUAAACGUAAGCAAUCACAAUUCUAACCUAAAAUGUAAAUGAAUUUAUAAUUAUGUUUAUUAUCAGGAAAUUAAAGUUUGGCGUGAAACGAGUGAAUCCUCCCUUUAAUGCUUCGAACGAACAAAUAAGGCCGCCUACUACAAUUUCGGAAAUACCGCUCAUAGACUCUUGUUACCUGGAGUAACACUUCGGGAUAAUGGAAUGUAGCCACCGUCCCAGAUGCCCAUUGCUCCAU